ACAGACUGAAAUCUGAAGCUCCGGAGGGCUUUCGGACCCCAGCUCUCUUCUUUGACAGAGGGCAAAUCUUGAUUAGUCUAUUGUGCUGUUAGGAAAGAAACUUCAGUAACAUCAUAAGAAAAUUUGGGAUGUAAAUUUGCGAAAACCUCUCUGAAAACUUUUUGCCGUUAUAAUUGAUGUGUAUUGAUGCAUAAGUAAAUCUUCAAACUACUGUUAAAAUGCUGUGAUUUUUUUUAAUCGGAUGUAAAGAUAAUAUCAGUUUGAUAAUCAGCCUAAAUGUACAUCCCUGUAAAUGAGAUCACUUAUUGUACCACCUGCACCGGACUUUAGAUCAGUGACACGCUUCCCUGCUGCAGGUGUAUAUAAGACACCUGUUCUACCUCUACAGGUAGAUCCACUGGAUUCAGGAUCAACAUCAAACAAACACUAGCAAGAAAGUUAAGGUAAUGGCCCCUCUUAGUGUGAAGGAAACUGAUCCCGUCACGCUACAGCCAGACCUCGCUCCUAAAGAUGCUCCCGAACCGUCUUCUCAUCCCGUCGUCUGUCCGGCUGAAGAAGAUGAAGUGGACCCGUGGGAUCUGCCCGAGCUGCAGGACAACGGGUUAAAAUGGUCAGAUCUGGACACAAAGGGGAAGGUUCUCCGGGUUCUCACGUCUAUAGUGAAGUUCAUUCUGCUGCUCGGUCUGCUGUACAUGUUCGUCUGCUCUCUCGACGUCCUCAGCUCUGCUUUUCAACUGGUAGGAGGUAAAGCAGCUGGUGAUAUCUUUAAAGACAAUGCGGUACUGUCGAACCCAGUGGCCGGACUGGUCAUUGGAGUUCUGGUCACUGUUCUGGUCCAGAGCUCUAGCACCUCCUCCUCUAUUGUGGUCAGCAUGGUCUCAUCUGGACUGCUGGAUGUAAAGUCUGCAGUGCCAAUCGUCAUGGGCGCUAAUAUCGGCACUUCUGUGACAAACACCAUCGUAGCUGUGAUGCAAGCAGGAGAUCGCAAUGAAUUCCGCAGGGCGUUUGCUGGUGCCACUGUCCAUGACUUCUUUAACUGGCUCUCUGUGUUGAUACUGUUGCCUCUGGAGGUGGCGUCAGGGUUUCUCUUCAAGCUCACUGAACUUCUCAUUGAUUCAUUUAACAUCCAGAGUGGUGCAGAUGCUCCAGAACUACUGAAGGUCAUCACUGAACCUCUCACCAAGAAUAUUAUUGAGCUGGACAGCUCUGUGAUCAGUGGGAUUGCUACAGGUGACCCUGCCGCCCAAAACAAAAGUCUGAUUAAGAUCUGGUGUAAAACCCAAAAAUUCACGGACCUUGUGAAUAUUACAGUCCCUGGAAUUGCAAACUGUACCCCUGAUGCUCUCUGCUGGGUGGAAAACAACCUGACCUAUACUCAAAAGAACCAGACCGAAACUAUCAACUUGAGCAAAUGUACUCAUAUAUUUGUUAAUGCUAAUCUACCGGACCUAGCCGUGGGUUUGAUAUUGUUGGCUCUGUCAUUGCUGGCUCUGUGUACCUGUCUCAUUCUGAUCGUGAAACUGCUAAACUCAAUGCUGAAAGGUCAGGUGGCAGUUGUCAUCAAAAAGGUGCUCAACACAGAUUUCCCCUUUCCAUUUGGCUGGGUGACGGGAUACCUCGCUAUACUUGUUGGAGCCGGAAUGACCUUUAUUGUUCAGAGCAGCUCUGUCUUCACCUCUGCCAUCACUCCACUGGUCGGUAUCGGUGUUAUUAGCAUUGAAAGGGCUUAUCCACUUACAUUGGGCUCCAAUAUUGGAACAACAACCACUGCUAUUCUCGCUGCUUUGGCCAGUCCAGGAGAAACACUGGCUAACUCAUUACAGGUUUCUCUUUGCCAUUUCUUCUUCAAUAUCUGUGGUAUUUUGCUGUGGUAUCCAAUUCCCUUCACCCGAAUCCCUAUCCGAUUGGCCAAAGCUCUGGGCAACCGCACAGCCAAGUAUCGCUGGUUUGCUGGCGUGUAUGUCAUUUUGUGCUUCUUAAUUUUACCGCUUUCGGUCCUCGGCCUGUCCAUCGCAGGUUGGCAGGUCCUGGUGGGCGUUGGGGUGCCCAUUGUAGUCCUGGUGAUUUUCGUGGUGGUGGUGAACAUCAUGCAGAGCCGCUGGCCGAGGUACCUGCCCUCGUGCCUCCGCAGCUGGGACUUCUUACCCAGACCACUGCGUUCUCUCAAACCGUGGGACAAACAUGUUACUGUGGCCAUGACCUUCUGCAGAACUCGCUGCUGCUGCUGCUGCAAGUGUUGCAAUAAGGAAGCAACAGAUGAGAUGAAAGAAGAGAGAAGUUUGGAGGUGUAUGACAAUCCAACACUCACUAUAGAAGAUGAGGGGAAAACAUUAGCGACGAAUUUGUAAUGUUUAGGGGACAAUUGUUAUUAAUGUGCUACAAGAGAACAGCACUUUACAAGAUGAAGCUGUCUUGCUAAAGUAUAACAAUUGCGACCUUACAACGCAAGUCGUCCAAGAUACGAGAAGUCAUUUUGCAGGACUAUAGACUGGAUUAUUCAACUGAAAACUGUUGCUCUCAGUAUGUUUGAUAUAAAGCUGCAUUUAUAUCUCAUUUGAUCUCGUUCUAGAAUGAGAAUUUUCCUUCCCCAUUAGCAAAAACAAAUGGCCAAUAAUGGAUAUAAACUGAGGACUAUUAGCUAUUUAAAUAAAGGAUGUUCGAUAUUCUUUUUUUAAUUAAAUUUUUUUAAAGAUGUUUAAUUGGCUCUUUUAAAAACAAGAAAGCUUGGCUUGCAAUUUCGUUGUAAGCUUAUAAACAAUGUAAUUAUGAUAUGAUGUGAGCGCAGAAUUAUGAACAUGUGAAUAUUCUGUUGUUAACUGCUGUUUCAGUGUCAGUUGUGUUGACACUUUAUUUAAUUAUGUUUACUGCUUAGCAAACUCAUGGAAAAUGCAGACGCUUCACAUUAUUGUUGCAAAAAAUAUGUAUGUAUGUACUGUGUAACUAUUUAAAGGUGUGUUAUA